CUGUCUGCUCCACCGAGGCGCGCCGCGGUGCGAUCUCCGUAUUUGUCGCCAAGGAUGAGCCAAGCCUUCCAGGAAGAAGCGCCCCAGGCACCACCCCUGUCCUUUCCGAGCCCACCUCCCGCAGAACUACGUCUCCCAGGAUGCAACUGGCGGUGCUGGGGAGCUGGCCAGCAUCCACCCUGAGCGCGGCGAGGUUGGCGAAGCGGCUGUCUCUCUACCUGGGCGGAUGGCGAGGGGCGCGAAGUCGGGCUUCUGCGCCCUCCUCGGCCUCCUCUUCUGCGCCUCGGCCUCCUCCCUGGCGCUGCGACGGAGCCAGAACCAGAGACCCAUCGUCGGAAUAUUAUCACAGGAAACUGACUUUAAAACCUUGAUAAAGUUUGGGAAAACUUAUAUUGCUGCUUCAUAUGUGAAAUUUUUGGAAUCUGCUGGAGCACGAGUAGUACCAAUAAGAUUGUAUCUCUCAGAUGAAGAGUAUGAUACGAUUUUCAAUUCAAUUAAUGGGAUACUUUAUCCUGGAGGUGGUGUUGACCUUAAGACUUCAGAAUUUUCCAGGGUUGCAAAGAUAUUUUACCAUAAAGCCUUGGAGGCCAAUGACAGAGGAGACUAUUUUCCAGUGUGGGGAACAUGCUUGGGGCAUGAACUGCUCAGCUAUCUCACCAGUGGUGAAGAUCUGCUGACUUGGACCGAUACAGAUGGCUUUGCAUUGCCACUGAACUUUACUCAAGGUGCCCACGACAGCAGAAUGUUCCAAGAUUUUCCUGAUGAUCUAUUGCAAGUAAUAGCUUCUGAGCCCGUGACUUCACACUUUCAUUUUUGGAGCCUUUCUGUGCAGAAUUUCACAAAUAAUGCAAAGUUGCGUGAUUUCUACAAGAUUUUGACAACCAACGAUCACAAUGUUGAGUUCAUAUCCACCAUGGAAGCUUACAGAUACCCAGUGUAUGGUGUUCAGUGGCAUCCAGAGAAAACCCCAUAUGAAUGGAAGAACUCACCAGGCAUACCACAUUCCCAGUCAGCUAUAAAAGUAGCAUAUUUCACAGCUGAAUUCUUUGUCAAUGAAGCCCGGAAAAACAACCAUCAAUUUCCCAGUAUAGAGGAUGAAAGCAAAGCACUCAUCUAUAACUUCAACCCUGUUUUCACUGGGACAUUUUCUUCCUUUGAGCAAAUUUAUUUUUUUUGAUUAAGUUUCAAGCCAGAAAUUCUGCAAAAAAGGGAUUUUAGGAGCACUCAUUGUGAAGGCAUGGCCCUGCCCAUGUUUCAGGGAUAGUACUUCCCAUCAUACUUCACCACUGGUAAUGCUUGCCAGAAUAGAUGGCAGUCCUCAACAUAUGGAAGACCACACAUUGCCCAUGCUUGAGGUGAUUGAUGGAUAUUCUGCAAGAGCACAUUUUUCUCUCGUGCCUAUCCAAGACAGAAAAAUUACAGGUUGCAUUGAUCUGAUGCCCCAUAAAGAAUGGAGUCACCAGGUGAUAAUUCCUGUAAUCAACGAUGUUUUUUUUGUUUCCAGUUUAUGGCUGUCCAUAGAUGGCAGACAAACUGCAGUCCUUUCUUAAGUCUGCCUGUGUGAAUGUAAACACUUUUUCUUACUCAGUGGAUGAAGUAUUUCAAUGUGAAUAAAUGGCAUUUUAAUCUGU